UGCACCAAAUGGUUGUUUGCCAAACCUCACACUGAAGUAGAGGAAGAAGAAGAAAAAAGAAAAAGAAAAAGAAAAAAGCGACCAUGGCACUUCAAAAACUGAAGAAAGAAGAAACUCUGGCAAUGAGGAACCGAUUUAUUGGGAAGUCAUGUAGACUCUUUUAUCCAGAUAACCCUGUGAAAAUAGUAAGAGCAAGAGGACAAUAUCUAUUUGAUGAAAAUGGCAAGCGCUAUCUGGACUGCAUCAGUAAUGUUCAUCAAGUGGGCCAUUGUCACCCCAGUAUUACAAAAGCUGCAGCAGCACAAAUGGAACUCCUGAAUACAAAUACACGAUUCCUGCAUGACAACAUAAUCAUGUAUGCAAAGCGCCUGGCUGCCACCCUUCCUGAGAAACUGUGUGUCUUCUACUUUGUUAAUUCUGGUUCAGAAGCCAAUGAUCUUGCCCUACGAUUGGCACAGCAGUACACAAAACAUGAGGAUGUAAUUGUGCUUGACCAUGCUUACCAUGGGCAUCUAAUGUCCCUCAUCGACAUUAGUCCUUACAAGUUCAGGAAACUGGCAGGACAGAAAGAAUGGGUUCAUGUGGCACCCCUACCAGACACCUACAGAGGCAUAUACAGGGAGAAUCACUCAAACCCAGGCCAAGCAUAUGCCGAGACUGUAAAAGACCUAAUUGAGGAGGUGCACAGGAAAGGUCGCAAGAUUUCUGCCUUUAUUGCUGAAUCAUUACCUGGUGUUGGGGGGCACAUAAUCUUGCCUCAAGGAUACUUAACUAAAGUUGCAGAUUAUGUGCACUCAGCUGGUGGCGUGUUUGUGGCAGAUGAGGUGCAGACAGGUUUUGGACGUGUGGGAAGUCAUUUCUGGGCUUUUCAGCUGGAGGGAGAGGGUUUCUGUCCUGACAUAGUGACCAUGGGCAAACCAAUGGGCAAUGGGCAUCCGCUGGCAUGUGUGGCAACCACUGUGGAGAUAGCUGGAGCGUUCACAGACAACGGUGUAGAGUACUUCAAUACGUUCGGAGGGAAUCCAGUGUCGUGUGCAAUUGGCCUGGCAGUGCUUGAUGUAAUAGAGAUGGAGGACCUAAGAGGAAACGCCAUGCGAGUGGGAGCACAUCUUAAAGAUUUGCUCACCAAGCUACAAACACGACAUCAAAUAAUUGGCAAUGUCAGAGGUGUCGGGCUGUUUCUGGGCCUGGAGCUCGUUACAGACAGAGAGCAGAAGACACCUGCUACAAAAACAGCAGCAUGGGUGGUAAAGAGGAUGAAAGAGGAACAUCAAAUUGUUGUCAGUACCGACGGUCCUUGGGACAAUGUCUUAAAAUUUAAACCUCCUAUGUGCUUCAGUAUGGAGGAUGCAGAACUUGUGGCAAAGUGCAUUGACCAUAUCCUCACAGACAUGGAAGCCAAUGACCUUAAACUGGAAAAGGAAGACAUCUAAGGUGUUCAAUGCCAAUUUAUACUAUCACUGCAGCGGACGGAGGAGAUACACGCUGUCAUUUCUCUGGUGAAAAGCAGCCACUUGAAGACAAUCAUAUUUAGUGAUCUACAGCACAUCAUUACCACCUGAGAGGCAGCCGAUCUACAUGAUGACACUAAUGAACAUCCACAAAGACUGUGUUUUAAAAUCAAGAAGAAAAAUUUAAAUUUUAAUCCUGAUUCUUGUUCUCUUACCCACAGGUGCAACAUUUAAUACUGAUCAGCAACAUGUUCUCAUCACAACAUAAUGACUGAGAUAAGCACUUACCAGGCUACUAGCUUUAACUCCUGGACAAAUUCACAAAAAUGCUCAAGUAUCGCAGUUUCACAUCUAGUGGGGUAGGUAUUAAGACUCAUCGAGUUAUCCUGCAGGUAGUGCAGCCCUGUCCCACAGCUUCUCAAAGAGGAGUCCGUAGAGAUGUUUUAACGUUACUCAAGAAAAACAAGCAAGCCAUUUAACAGUACAAAACAUUUAACAUUAACUUUACAAAUAAUAACAGAAAGAUCCAUGUGUAAUAUAAACCAAAAUUUUAUUUCUACCAAUUUGCCCAAGACACUAGAAGAAUGAGUUUCCAGUGAGAGAGGAGUAACCUCUUACAUUAACAGGCUUGCAUUCAGUUGAAUAACACUAGUAAAGCCACUUAAAAUUGCAGACAUGAUUGGGGAAGGAUCUAAGGAUCUUAAAAGAAAAAAAAAAAAAAGCUGGUUGUCUACUAGGCCAUCGGCAAACAUUCUCUUGACACACAAUGAACUCUGAUUAGUUGAAAUCAAUUAUUUUACCUCACCCCACAUCUGAAGCCAUGCAGCUUGCAUCCAACACUCAGCAUGGCAGAAAAUAAGAUCUUGAAACAGCUUAAAAAACAAAACAAAA